AGGGACGCUGGAGGCAGGACCCAGGAAAAAGACGGCUCGGGAUUCCAAGGGACGCGGUCACGCGGGCGGCGGGGUCACCUAGGUCGCCUACGACGGAGGAGGAGUCCCUGGGCGCAGAAGUUGGCUGGGCCCCACCGAGAUUUAAAGGUCUGAGCUGCCAGAACCAUGGCGACCAGCGCUGUCCCCAGUGAUAACCUUCCCACCUACAAGCUGGUGGUGGUGGGAGAUGGGGGUGUGGGAAAGAGUGCACUCACCAUCCAGUUUUUCCAGAAGAUCUUUGUGCCUGACUACGACCCCACCAUUGAAGACUCCUACCUGAAACAUACAGAGAUUGACAAUCAGUGGGCGAUCCUGGAUGUGCUGGACACAGCAGGACAAGAGGAGUUCAGCGCCAUGCGGGAGCAGUACAUGCGCACGGGGGACGGCUUCCUCAUUGUCUACUCUGUCACCGACAAGGCCAGCUUCGAGCACGUGGACCGCUUCCACCAGCUCAUCCUGCGUGUCAAGGACAGGGAGUCAUUCCCGAUGAUCCUCGUGGCCAACAAGGUUGAUUUGAUGCACCUGAGGAAAAUCACGAGGGAGCAAGGAAAGGAAAUGGCAACCAAACACAAUAUUCCUUACAUAGAAACCAGUGCGAAGGACCCGCCCCUCAAUGUAGACAAAGCCUUCCACGACCUCGUUCGAGUGAUUAGGCAACAGAUUCCAGAAAAAAGCCAGAAGAAGAAGAAGAAAACCAAGUGGCGAGGAGACCGGGCCACUGGCACCCACAAACUGCAGUGUGUGAUAUUGUGACGGCCAUGGCCCAGCACAUGAUCAUGACCAGCCCUCGGAACUCUCCACUGCCUAAUUGCACUGAAAACCAUUUCUAACCACAACCCUUGGCCAGAGGACUUGGCACAGGAAGGAGAGAGGGAGGGAGGACCGGGAGUAGGCAGGGCCUGGCUUUGCGGGAGGGUGCUGGCUUUUCCAGCUGUCCAAAGAGAGACAAGGAAGCCACCCUUAAACAGAAGCAAUAUCCAGGCUCCUCGAAUGUUGAUUCCACCUGGUUCCCCCUCUCAGUGGGUGUGGUGUUUCUUUUAACUACGUAGCGUUGGUGUGAUAUGGAAGUGCGUAUCCACGUUCGGAGUACCAACCCAGCCAUGACAGGCUUCCUCCCCUUGGCCCCUCUGCAGUGUCAGGGCUCAAAUGUCUUUUGUAGAUUUUUAAAUUACUUUAGUGGUGAUUAUUUUAUUAAAGGGGUCUGUGCCUACUGCCUGGUAAAGUCCCAGAUCUUCGGCAGACCUCUCUGAUAACAUGUCUGGAAUUGUGUUGUCUUUUUAACUGAGUUUUUUUUUUUUUUUUUUUUUUUCCAGCAGUGCCAAGUUCAACCCAAUAUUAAUAGAGUGACUGAGAGAAGGGAAGUUAGUGGGAACUGUAGCUGGAGGCUUUGGUCAGCUAUGGGAAGGCAGCCCCUACUCGUGCCCUAGAAACUGGAGAGAAGAGGAGGGCGUUGCUAUGGUUGAGGAUGCAGAUAUUAGAAGACAGUUUUAAUUUGCUGAGGCGAAUGGCUGGCAUGAGUGUGUCAGUUCUAAAGGGGGCUUUCAUUACCUUUAGAUGUGCACACUAGGGUAAGCAGACAGUGUGCGUUCAGUUCUCUGUCUUCCCAGAUGUGUGAGAGUUCCCGGUUGCUGCUUGGUGCCUCUCUGAUUAAACACAGGAAGCUCAUGUAGACACUAUCCAAAAAGCUCUAGUUCAUGCUGAAUCUUAACCCAAAGGAUUCAGUCCCAUUAUCACUAAAAUACCCCCAGGACUAAAGCCAUUUCCCCUUGAGUCAACUGAGCACUGCCUCUGCGGGCCCCAUACAUGGGCCAACCCUUCUAGUGUCCAUCGGCACAUGCUUUUAUUGCCCUCUUGGGUCUGGACGCUGAUCAGGUCCUGACAAUCACAGCAGGUGAGGAAGCACGGUUGGCCUGGUGAUGUUGCCCCUGCACGCCUGUUUUUACAAGGGACAAUCCUCCGAAUGCCGGACAAUGUGCCUCCCUUUCUGGUGCUGCUGAUGGAAACAAAGACUGGCUUUUCCCAGCCAAGGUGGGGGAUUGGGAUGGCAGAAGACUCGAGAGCGACUCAGUAGAUGAGGUGGCGUGGCUACUGACCUUUCCAGAUGUCAUUCUGUCAGCUAGAACAUUCCCUUAGGUGGCCUGGAUCCUCUUUGGAGAAAAAAAAUAAAAUAAAACUUAUGCAAAGAAACCCAGGAACAUGAGGCUCUGACAGGAUCCCCAGACACUGGGGAUCUUCUCCAGCCCAGGGAUACUGGGCUCCCGAUCCUGUGGAAUCACCAGCACAGAGGGCCCAGCCGAGGCGUGACUCUGCUCCUGAAGGAAGCGGUUCAGACUUCUAUUAGUCAAACUUCCUAUUGGUCAAAAUAGCCCUCUUCUGUUCCUAAGAGGAAGGACAACAGAGAACAUUUCAGACCAGCCACUUCAGGUAUUUCACAGCAUCUAUAAUAAAGUCAUAAGUAUUUUAAAUGCUAGAAGGACAAGGCUUUUCUCAACCCUUAGGCUCCUCUGAGCCGUGACCACAGCAGGCACACAUGCAGAGCUGCGUGGCUGCUGAAGACUGGAAGUGAGGAGAGAGGGUGGGCAGGAAGCUGUGAGGAUCAGGAUGCUUUGCCCUGUGAAGAAGGCAGCUGGAAAACACCAGGCAUCGCCCGCCACCAGCACACUCCCGUCCACUCUGGACAAACCUGUCUUCUGCCCACUCUGACAGCACUGCGUGAGAGAAGGCUUGUUGGAAGCAGAUGAGUUGACCUAGAAUGAAGCCCUGAGCCAUAAAGCUAACCAGAAAAGGUUGCACCACUCCCGGCCUCUCCCACACCCUGCAGAAAAUCUGACCCUGUCUUACAGGACAUCUUCCCUAAACUCAGCCUACAGUUUAACUCCACAGUGCCUGAGGGAGAGACUGUGAGGCUGGCCUUCUGCAGCCUCGGAUUGGGCUGAUGGUAAACAUUCCUCUUCCAUGACUCAUUUUCCUCAUAGGUAGAAUGGGUAAAAACACCUCACUUUUAGAACUGGUUUCUUGUUCAAGAGGAAGUAUCCAGAUAGGCUGGAGUAGUGUACCCGAGGAUAUCCAUCCCUGGCAGGGCCAGGCUGGGAAACCUUGUUGGCUGUGCUACUUCGUGACCAGAGAGCCCACUCAGAUUUGUGACUGUGCUGUCAUCCACCUUACCACCAGUUUUACAGAGAAUAGUGUUACCUUCCCAGCCCCUCAGCACCGUGUUCUUGAAAUCCCCUCACUCCAUGCCUUUGCCAUUGUGUGCUCUCAGAUUUACUCGCACUGUUCUGACACCCUCCUUAAAGGGCUUUUUUUCUCCUCAGAGGUAAUCCUAGCCAUCCUUGGCCCUAUAACUUGGGGUUCUCACCACCACCCAUGUUCUGUGUCACACAGAGGACAUCUGGACAUUUUAUCUGAGGACUUUGCCCACCGCCUCAUGGUGCCUGCUGUGGAGAGUAUGUGGCCUAGUGUGGCCUGUCUCACUUUGCCAAGAGAUGUGGCCCACUAACGUGUGGAAGCCCUUAACCCAAAGCCCCCUAAGAUGUGUUAUAGUAAACACAGAGCCACAGGUAUGCCCUCCCCAUUAGCAGCUGUUGGGUUGGAGAUUCCAUGUGGGACUUACCUAGAAUGAAAGAUACUUGAAGUAUCGAGCGCUUUUGAGCGCCUGACUUCUGUUACACAGUGUUAACAGGUGGCCACUGGCCCCAAAAUGAGUGAUGCCCGAACAUCUCAAUGAUGCUUGAGCCUUUUAUGUAACUUUUUAUUAAGUCUUUGUGUAUCAUGACUCAUUAAUAAAGAAAUAAAAAGAAACACCACU